AUGAAUAAAACAUUUAUCCUCCUCUUAAUACUUUCUGUCUUAAUUUUAACAGCAAAAUCAUUAGAAACUAACGAUAAGCUUGAAAUUUAAGAUACUUUUACGAAGAGUAUAAUCUAAUAGAUUUUAAGAAAAUCAUAUUUAGGCACUAAUUGCCCACCAGAACAAUCAAAAACUUACUGCUCUGGUAGCCAACCAUGUUGUAAAGUUGGAAACAAAUAUGGAUGUUGUCCUUAUUCAUAUGGUACAUGUUGUGGAGAUGGUACAUGUGUGCCAAGUGGAGGAAGAUGUUGA